GCAGUGGGUUGGAUGGCUAGUAAGCCUUCCAUGGAAGAGAAGAUGGAGACAAUGCAGAUCAACGGUGAUCAGAAGGAUGAAGAGCAGGAAGAUCUAGUAACGCCGUGGGAUGUUACUGCCACCAGCGCUACUGGCGUUGAUUAUGACAAGUUGAUAGCAAGAUUUGGAUGUCGGAAACUUGGCCCUGAACUUAUAGAACGGUUCAAGAAAAUCACUGGUCGAGAGCCUCAUCCAAUGCUGCGGCGAGGUUUAUAUUUCGCGCAUAGAGAUUUAUCCGCCAUUCUUGACCGUGCCGAGCAAAAGAAGCCUUUCUUUUUGUACACUGGUCGUGGUCCAUCGUCCGGAAGUCUGCAUCUGGGGCAUUUGAUUCCGUUCAUCUUCACAAAAUGGUUACAAGAAGUAUUCGAUGUUCCUUUGAUUAUACAGAUCACUGACGAUGAAAAAUUCCUAUGGAAAGAUCUCAAAGUUGACGAAGCUAAGAAAAUGGCUCGCGAAAACAUGAAAGAUAUUGUGGCUGUGGGAUUUGAUCCUGCCAAAACUUUCAUGUUCAACGACUUUGAUUACAUGUGUCCUCCAUUCUAUCAAAAUGUCUGCAAGAUCUGGAAGUGUGUGACAGGAAAUCAGGGUAGAGCGAUAUUUGGAUUUACGCCUGAAGAUAGCAUGGGAAAAGCUGCCUUCCCAGCAAUCGAAGCAGCUCCUUGCUUCUGCUCUUCAUUCCCACAUAUCUUCGGAAAAAGAACCGAUAUUCCUUGUCUUAUUCCCUGUGCAAUAGAUCAAGACCCGUACUUCCGUAUGACUAGAGAUGUAGCUCCACGUCUAAAAUAUCCCAAGCCUUCCUUGAUUUACUCAAUGUUUCUACCAGCUUUACAGGGUGCGCAAACGAAAAUGGCUGCUAGCGACGAGACUUCCUGUAUAUAUCUUUCUGAUACAGCGAAGCAAAUCAAAAAUAAGAUAAAUAAAUAUGCAUUUUCUGGUGGACAGGCAUCUGUGGAAGAGCAUCGAAAACUUGGAGGAAAUUGUGAUGUGGAUAUCAGUUACCAAUUCUUAAAAUAUUUCCUUGAUAGCGAUGAGCGUUUGGAAGAAAUUCGAAAGCAAUAUACAUCUGGUGAAAUGCUGACAGGCGAGCUGAAGAAGUUGGCCAUAGACGAAGUGACAAAGGUAAUUAUGGAGAUGCAAGAACGACGAAAACUUGUGACGGAUGAAACUGUAGAUGAAUUCCUCAAAGUCCGACCCUUGCAGUACACUUUUUAAAAAGCUUACUAUCUGUUCUUUCUGAGUCUAUGUAUAUCCCAAGUCUGGAUAGAAAAGUAAGUAAAAUAUCGCUUCUAUAAAGUUUGAAAGUCUACGCCGUAUGCCCAGCAAUUUAUUCAUCACAAAAUGUUAUUGUUGUUGCCUAUCUUCUUCGUUCAUUUCUCUUCUAUUUUUUCCCUUUUGCGGAGUUUGGCACAUGUUUCCUUGUUAUAAGCUAGUACAGACUGUGUCAGUGGCGUAAUUAGAAGGAGGAAAGGGGAGGGGUAUUGUAAAAUCGUGCAUUCAGUUAUUUUUAUUAAA